AUGGUGAAACAUGAUAAGCAGGGGAAAAACUUCACUCAAGGACUCAGUGAAAUUCAGAAUGUUUUGACUGCAAAUAAGGAGUAUGACAAAAUUCUAACUCUGCGACUAAAUGAAGCUGAGAAUAAUAUUGUGACUUGUGACAAGCAGAAUAAGAACUUAACUCGAAGACUUAAUGAAGUUCACAAUGUUUUGAUUGCAAACAAAGAGUAUGGUAAAAAUCUAACUCUACAGCUCACUGAUUCAAUGAACAACUUACACGAUAUAAAAGUUCAGAUGCGAUAUACAAGCUUGCUACUGGACGUGCAUUCUAAGACGGACAAACUCAAUACAACAUUGACUACACAUUUUGACGAUCAGAUAAGAGACGUUUAUGGACGAAUUGCCAACAUCACCAAAAAAGUAGCCUUUACAGUCGGUGUGACGUUUCCCAGCGACUCCUGGAACAGCGGUACACUGGUGUUUGAUAGGAUCGUCUACAACAUAGGAGGAGGAUACGACUCGAGUACUGGUGUCUUCACAUCUCCUGUAGACGGACACUUUGUUUUCUUUGUCAACGUCCAAGCUUAUAGCACAGACUCAAUAGACACAUAUUUAGUUCUUAACGGUUCAGCUAAAGUUACAACAAUAGCAAAUAGUUCGGGUGAUCCUCCUGUCACCACGUUCUCUGGAUUCCUAAUAUGA